AUCAUGUUUAUCUCAAAGAUAAAACUGGUACCAAUGCGAUCUCAAGAACUGUCACGUGCUGUGAUGAGGCCUCCUUGAAUUCACUGCAAGGGGUUUAGCUGAGGUUCUGAAGGAUCGAAGGAUCCAUAAUAUCCGGGUAAAACGGAAUUAAGCAACUGAUAUGAUAGGAUCGUUCGAGCACCAUAAUCCUAGCACGGGUUACCCAGCUUACGCAGAGACCAAUCUCAUCGGAAUCGUGAAGACUCAUAAUUUCUUCUUAUGUUUAUUUCAUGCAUGUUGCGUAUAAAAUUCGUGACGUCUUGGAGUCUCGGGUACUGAUGAAUGGGUCAGUCUACCAGUCGCUUCGUUUGUUAGUGCUUACGGGUCAUUUCCCAACCGUUCCACCGAGUCGGAAACACGAAACACCGAACGAUGGCUUCGCGAGAUGCCCUGAUUGUUCAGAAGAGAACCAGGUCGAGUGUUCCAAGGCGGAAGACAGGUUGCCAAACAUGCCGCAAAAGAAGGAUAAAGUGUGAUGAGAGUAAGCCGAGCUGCGCGAGGUGCAUUCGAUCGGGAUGGAAAUGCGAUUAUGGUACAAAGCUGGCCUCUUUAGACUCUUCAGAGAGUGACUCUGCUGCUUCCAGUCCAUCAGCUUCCUCACCUCUGUUGCCCAUCGCCAGCUACUCCAUCCCAUUCAAAAUUCCUGGAAGCCAGAAAGACCGGAAAUUACUCCACUACUUCUGUGUCCAAGGAUCGGUUGACAUCUCAGGGUUUCUGUCAUCCGACUUCUGGUCACAAACUGUACUCCGAGCUGGGCACCAGGAUCUAGUGGUACGGCAAGCCCUCGUUGCAAUGAGCUCACUCCAUCUGGACUAUACGUCGUCAAGUUCAGGAGGACGAUCAGUAGCCAGUCCUGAGACCUUGAGUCUAUAUGGUAAAGCUCUACGAUCACUGGGGAAGCGCUUAGCUCAGCCAUCAGACGACACGACAAAGACUGCUUUGGUCUGUUGCAUUUUAUUCUAUUGCUGCGAAAGCACCAUUGGUGACCGCAAUGCCGCACUUCAACAUCUCAGCAAUGGCCUCAAGCUCCUUGUGUCUGCGCAACGUGAGAAGACUGCCGACGAAUCCGAGGACAUCACGAGGUUGACCACUAUCUUCGAACGUCUCGACAUGCAAGCCAGCUUCUUUGAGGAUGACCGGAUACCAAUCCUUGCCCUAACAGAGUACAAAUGUGGGGACACAGACCAUGGUACCUUGCCGUUGCAGAAAGGUUUCCUUGGGCUUCAAGACGCUCAGCAGCGGCUGGUAAAGCUCCAGGCCUGGCUCUACCAUUUCGUCAACAAGAACGUCCAAUUCUAUCAGGAAACAAAAGAGUCGCUAAGCUCGGACAUCUUGGAAGAAAAGUCAGCUUUGGAACAAGGCUACAAUGCUUGGAUCGAAGACCUCCACGAAUUCGAGAACAGGGAGCAACGCGACGACCAAACCUUGCGCGGAAUCCGGACGCUUCUCGUUCACUUCCAUGUUUGUCAAAUGAUAUUGCAGUCCAAGUUCCCUCAAGAUCACGAAGUGUUUGAAGCUUCGCCUAACCCAGCCGCUCAUCACAUACUCGACUUGGCUGAGACCUUGCUCGAGCAUACUAUACAAGUCAACGCCUCUCCCAAUGCUACUAAGACUCCGCGACGCAAUUUCUCGCUGGAAACUGGAGUUGUAGCUCCAUUGUUCGCGUUGGCCAUAAAAUGCUCUGAUGGCUCCGUGGCUACAAGGGCUACUCAAAUGCUUGCCUCGUCGCACAGAAGGGAGGGGUUGUACGAUGCUCAAACCAUGUCACACAUCAUCAACGAACUACAUAAAUCCCGCGAUGGUGCUCUGAGUGUCAAGAAGGAAGCCGGUAGUGGAGUAAAAGCUAUGAGUCCACUGGAAUACCAUAUACCUAAGCACUACGACGGUGGUGGCAUAGAUAAGCUUCUAUGGUCUAUGAGCCUCUGAGAACAUAUGAUCAAGGCCCACUUCCAGACAUGGAAGCGCAGAAUUACAUACCAACUGAAGGAAUUAAUUUUAAUUGCAAAGAGGAAUUGUUCUCCUGUCUUGUCGGGUUGUAAUAACAAUGGGGUUCCUUCAAGACUGAAGUUCCUGGGUGCGUUGUGCGGCGUAGCUGAAUGGCCAUAAGCCCUAGUACGAAAUGAGCGUGCUCAGUUUGUUCGUGAGGCAGAGACAAGUUCCCGCCUUACUUGAAGCCAUGAAACUACAAUUUCUUCUUACCCGUGUAUUAACUGUACAACUACUUGCUGGCCAUAAGGUUAAAGUUUGGGCUGCCAAUACAGAUGAUAAGAAGACGAUAUCUUUUUUCACAAUAUAAGCUUCU